AUGCUUGACACCACAAAGACUCUUGGAUUCUCGAAACCCCAUGGAGACUGCGACUUUCGUCAACAUCAUCCCGGUGAUGAACGAGAAUUCAAUGAUUUUGUAGAGAGAGUUUUUGGAAUUCUUAAAGAUCUCCCACGUCAAGAGAAGCCCUACAUAGAGUUAGUCUUUGAGAUGUCAAGCAGUGGAUCUCGCGUCACAUUCACGCAAAAAGGAAUGCAGUACAUGGAGCUCUUUGACACGUGGAAGGAUUUCCCAGAACUCCCUAUGAUAUCAGUCUUUAGAGCGUGCGGAUCUACUGAUACACCUUCGUUCACGCCUGGGGAUAUGUGUCGGCUUGCAAGUAAGAUGCCACGGUUGGAGAAGUUUGGGGUGAGGGCAAUAGAAAGUAUACGAGAGUAUGUCUAUGGGGAUGCUCUAGUCAGAAACGACCUUGCCAAGUCUUUGGAUUUGCUACCAAUAGCUGUGCAAACGUUGCUUAUCGACUACCAGCGGGAAAGGAUCCCAGACCAGACUUUUGAGCCUCUAAGUAUCAUGGCAGCUGAUUCAGACGCCGAUGUUCUCUCCGAAGCCGUACAACGACUUACCCAGAGAAGCGGUAUUCGAGAGAUCAUCCUUCUUGCAAGCAUCGACAGUGCUGUAUUCCAACCUACGAAAGCAAAUCCUUGCUGGCCGACCCUCGAGAGUUUCACAUUCGCAUUUUGCGACGUUCUUCCUUCUGGUGAAUGGGUAGUCACUGGUGAAAAUCCUUUAUCAGCAGAAGAAGAAGAACGUCAACGACAGGAGACCCGCGAAUGGGCGACUGAUGGAAUCUACUGCCCCCCAGGCUGCGAGAUAGAGAACAGCUUCAAAUCUCGCAUGAAAGAGGCAGUCAUGGAUCGUUUUCUUGUGGCGGCGGCAAAUGCUGUUUGCCGCAUGCCCAAGAUUAAAACUCUCUCAGUUCGACAUGUCUUUGAUCCUACUGAUUUUGAAGGGGAUAUAUCGCGUGCGGGGUUUAGCUUCAGUACGGCAAAGGGCCUGAUGGUGCUUGGGAAGAUGGAUAUCCCUGUACUUGGUAGCGAUGUUCUGGAGGCUUGGAGAACGGCUGCGAAAACUCAUGAUGUUGUGUUUGAUCGGUGUCUAACAAAUGAGUUGGAGGUCGCGGGGAGAUAUGCCAAUGAGUUUGGACCCGAGUUUCAAUGGGACGACCAGGAUGUUUAUUUAUUCUAA